UUCGUUCUCAUCCAUUUCUCUCUCUUAUUCCUUAACAGAUAAAGACACCAUUGAAACACAAACUUCCUUGAUCCAUUGAUUUAGGGUUUUAAAUAUUUUCUUCCUUGAGAUUUUGUUUUUAUUCACUCCUUCUUUCUUUUAUCAUUUUGGUACCGGAUCAGGACGCACCUUCUUGGUGAGAUCCGAUUGCUUCUUUUGCCUUGGCUCGAGAUCCGGGCCAAGCACUGAAGUGUCGGAUUCGGGUUUUUCUAUUUGAAUCCUUCUCAAGUUUUAUUUACAGUGACGGUAUACAAUUUGUGAGAAGCUUUAGAAUAUGGCGACAAGUGAGGCUUUUUUGACGGAAGAGCAAAGGGAAAUGCUGAAAUUGGCGAGUCACAAUGUGGAGAUUUUGUCGUCGUCUCCAAAGAAUUUGUCAUCAUCACCAAAAUCUCCGUCAUCCUUGCUUACUGAGCAUCAAUUAAGAGUUCCCGCAGCUGGUAAAGCUCCAAAUGCUGGGAUUGCUGUAAGGCAUGUUCGACGGUCGCAUUCUGGGAAGUUUAUUCGCGUGAAGAAGGAGGGUGGUGGCGGCAAGGGCACGUGGGGGAAAUUGCUUGAUACUGAUGGUGAAUCCCAUAUUGAUAGGAAUGAUCCCAACUAUGACAGUGGUGAGGAGCCAUAUCAGCUUGUUGGGGCAACUAUCUCUGACCCUUUAGAUGAGUACAAGAAGGCUGUUGUUUCUAUAAUAGAGGAGUAUUUUAGUACUGGUGAUGUGGAAGUGGCAGCAUCUGACCUCAGGGAACUUGGUUCGAGCCAAUAUCAUCCAUACUUUAUUAAGAGGCUUGUCUCCAUGGCCAUGGACAGACAUGAUAAGGAGAAGGAAAUGGCUUCUGUUUUGCUGUCUACACUGUAUGCUGAUGUCAUCAUUUCAUCUCAAAUUAGGGAUGGGUUUGUCAUACUUCUUGAGUCUGCUGAUGAUCUUGCUGUGGACAUACUGGAUGCAGUUGAUAUCCUUGCUUUAUUCAUAGCUCGUGCUGUAGUAGAUGAUAUUCUUCCUCCAGCUUUCCUCACUAGAGCAAAGAAGACCCUUCCAGAGUCCUCAAAGGGAUUUCAGGUUCUGCAAACUGCUGAGAAGAGCUAUCUCUCAGCUCCACACCAUGCAGAACUUGUGGAGAGGAGGUGGGGCGGUAGCACUCACAUUACUGUUGAGGAAGUAAAGAAAAAGAUUUCUGAUCUGUUGAGGGAGUAUGUGGAGAAUGGGGAUGCUUUCGAGGCAUGCAGGUGCAUAAGGGAAUUGGGGGUUUCAUUCUUUCAUCAUGAGGUUGUUAAGAGGGCUAUAAUCCUUGCCAUGGAGAUACGAACUGCUGAACCACUUAUAUUAAAGUUGUUCAAGGAAGCUUCUGAGGAAGGUUUGAUAAGUUCCAGUCAAAUGGUGAAGGGUUUUGCUCGGUUAGCUGAAAGCCUCGAUGACCUUGCUCUUGACAUUCCUUCUGCAAAAGCUUUGUUCCAAUCCCUUGUUCCCAAGGGUAUAUCUGAGGGAUGGCUGGAUGCUUCAUUCAUGAAAUCAUCCAGCGAAGAUGGACUAGGACAAGCUGAAGACAAAAGGUUGAGGGGAUACAAGGAGGAGAUUGUUACAAUAAUUCAUGAGUAUUUUCUGUCAGAUGACAUUCCUGAACUAAUCCGAAGUCUGGAAGAUCUUGGCAUGCCUGAGUUUAAUCCAAUUUUCUUGAAAAAGCUCAUUACCCUUGCUAUGGACAGGAAGAAUAGGGAGAAAGAAAUGGCAUCUGUUCUACUUUCAGCACUUCACAUUGAGAUUUUCUCGACUGAAGAUAUAGUUAAUGGCUUUGUCAUGCUCCUGGAAUCUGCAGAAGAUACAGCACUAGACAUUUUGGAUGCUUCAAAUGAACUUGCUCUUUUUCUGGCUAGGGCUGUGAUUGAUGAUGUCUUGGCUCCAUUGAAUCUAGAGGAGAUAGGCAGCAAACUGCCACCAAAUUGCAGUGGGACUGAGACUGUGUAUAUGGCUCGAUCACUUAUUGCUGCCCGCCAUGCAGGUGAGAGGAUCCUGAGAUGUUGGGGAGGUGGAACUGGCUGGGCUGUGGAGGAUGCAAAGGACAAGAUAAUGAAGUUACUGGAGGAGUAUGAAAGUGGGGGUGUUGUGAAUGAGGCUUGCCAAUGCAUCCGUGAUCUAGGAAUGCCUUUCUUUAACCAUGAGGUGGUGAAGAAGGCAUUGGUUAUGGCUAUGGAAAAGAAGAAUGAUAGGAUGCUUGAUCUGCUACAGGCAUGUUUUGAUGAAGGUCUGAUUACUAUCAAUCAAAUGACCAAGGGCUUCACUCGCAUCAAGGAUGGGCUUGAUGAUCUCGCACUCGACAUUCCAAAUGCAAAGGAGAAAUUCAGUUUCUAUGUGGAGUAUGCUCAGAGGAAGGGCUGGCUCCUAGCAUCUUUCGGGUCAUCUUUGGCUGCAGCUACUUGAGAUGAACGUAUAUUUCUGUCAGUCUCUCUCAUGUUUGCUGUUGCCUGUUAUCCCAUUGUACUUCUGUUUAAUCAUCUCUGUGCUUCAAAAGGUCGAUAGAUGGAUAUGGAGUGUUUGAUUCCUUGUGAUGUUUUUUUCUCCUUUAUUCCCUGUGGUCAUCUGAUGGAGAUUCUUGUGGAUCCCAGCCAAUGUAUAAAGUUGGUUCUUUGUUAUUACUAUUAACAUAGAUUUAGGGGUAUGUUCCUUAAGAUGUAUGCUGAUGAGGGGAUAUGAAAUGUUGCUGCUAUUACAUGCAAUAUGAUGGUAGGAUGAUACUUUUA